GGGGCCUCAGCGCGCUGCUGGGCCGCGGGGCGGGCGAGCGCGGAGCGGGAGCCUUCGUCCCUCUUUCCCCGCAGGGUUCGGGCCGGCGGAGCAGCAGCAGCAGCUCAGGGCAGGUCCCAUGAUGACAGCUCCCUUGAGAGGCAGCCAGCUUCUGCAGGAAACUUGUUCCAGCACUGAGUGCUGCAGGUACCUGAAGUCUCAGCAGAGAAGGAAAAAAGCCAAUUUCUCACUGAUGAGCCAAGUUUGUUUAUGAGAUUGGAAAUAACUGUGAUCUCAAGCAUCCGGCUGCAUGCAGAGGGUUUUCACAGCAGAUAUUCAGCUUUGGUAAACGGAUUUGCGGAUUUGCAUGGGGUAAAAAUGGAGGCAGAAAUAAACUUCUGAAACUGAGCCUCAGUCCAGAAGUGAUGGCUUCCCAGCUGUAUACAUAUGCUUUCAAUAUCUCCGCAGUAGAGAAUAGGAGCCUGUGUAUAAAUGGAACACCGUGGAUUUGGCAUCUUCUAGAAGAAUGUGUUGAGAAUGCGUGGGAGUACUGCAGCGUUGUCAUAGGACUGAUUUCCAUUGUCUGUUUUCUGUUUGCUGCACUACCGUAAGUUUAAAGUCUUUGGCAGUCCUCAGAUUGAAACAUGAGUAAUCUUGCCCGAAGCCUUUCUCACAAGCUGCCUUUUUUUUUAAGUUUAUCUUGGAUAUGUUUCUCUAUCUGCAUAAUACAGAUAUAAUACGCCAGAGAAGCAUGUUGUUCAUGUUUGGAACAAUAUUUGGUGGUUGACAAAUGAGCUUGAUGUACUGUUCCGUUGUACUGACUUGACACUAAUCUCUGCCACUUAGAGAAAAUGAGAAUAAAUCACCUCUUCUCCCUUAUCUUCCCCACCCUGAGAUGUGUGCACACAGCAUGCUUGCUGCAGAAACUGGCUCACUGUAUGUAAACCACGUGCCAUGUCACCAGUACUGCUGAGCUGGGUCCUGCCACUGAAGUUCAGACUAAGACCAAGUCAGGAACAGCACAUAAGUUACUGCUUUGGUAGUGUGGAAUCAAUUGCUGUUGGGAGGACUGGCACUGGGUUUGGAUUUCCAAUGUGUAGGUAGGAGAUGGCAGAAGCAAAGUGGAAAUGCUGCUCGCAGGUGAAAGUACCCAACACAAAAUGGGAUUGACUCCAAAGUCCAUCCCCGUAACAGGAAUAUGAUUUACUGAACUAAUAAAGGGUGAUGGAGAUCAAAACCCAAACACUGUCAGUAAGCUGCUGAGCUUUUGAAAUACGAGUUGAAAGGAGGCUUUACAUUCAGAGUGUCACGUUAGCCAGUGUGUAAUUCAUCAAGCCGUGUCUAAUGGACUGAAAUUUGGGAUUGCUUCAUAGUUCCCAUUGAAUUUGAAUUUGAAGAACAUUUCUUCAGUUUGGAGCCUGAAGUGCAGCAGUUGUCAGCUCUCACAGAAGCUUUGUUCAUUCUUAGCCCUUCUGCUAAAAGUUUUUCCCGUUUCAGGGUUUCAAAGGCUGGUAUUUACAGCGGAUGAGUGUGAAGUGAUGAAGGCAUAGUUUUGGUGUCCAGACUGAUAUUUUACUGCAGAAGACACACACACAGCACACACAGAAGUCCAUGCAAGCAGUAACGAAGUUGUGAUUUCAGCCUUUUGUUGUGUUAGACUGCUGACCGUGCUGACUACUGCUGACCACGUCUUGGAGUAAGACAUGCUCAGCAGUAAUGAUGCUGAGUUCUCCUUCCAGGUGUUAGCAGGCAUUGCUCUGAUGGGUCUCUUGUAGUUAUGUUGUUAUUCUUUCCAUACUCAGAUUUUGACAACUGUGUAUUCCAACUUGUCAGACAUUUUUGGCUAACAGUGUUUCCCAAUUCUGGAAUUUGUGCCAGUCAAAUUCACAUUGCCUGUCGGGAUGGAAAGGUGGACCAGGCGCUGUCUUUGGGCUUCCUGCUGUGCUGGAUAGCUGGAGAUCUCACAAACCUUAUAGGCUGCUAUUUAACAAAUCAACUGCCAAUUCAGACUGUCACUGCCAUCUCCUAUGUUAACAUGGAUAUCAUUUUGAUUUCACAAUUCGUCUAUUACAAGCUCAAGAAUCAGAAGAUGAUGAAAGGCAGCAAAAUGCUGAAGAAUUUCUGUAUAACCUGGAUCUUGAUGUGGAUAACCCUGUGUGUUGUUGUUUUACCCUGCCAGCUGUUAAUCAGAAAGCAAGACCACAGUUCAGCAAUGGAAAGGAGUAAUAACUCUCUCGAUAUGAUUGAAAUGUCAGGCUUCGUUUGUGGCUAUAUAUCUUGUGUGUUUUACUUGGGAAGUAGAUUUCCUCAGCUGUAUAAAAAUUUUCAGAGGAAGUCAACAGAAGGCACCUCUUACCUGCUGUUUGCAUUGGCCAUGCUGGGAAACUGUACGUAUGGCCUCAGCCUUGUCCUAAAGAUGCCUGCUGCUGAAUCUGUCCGGGCCCUCUUCUUUUUACACCAUCUUCCAUGGCUCCUCGGGAGCUUUGGAGUUUUGUUCCUGGAUGUUUUUCUUGGUGGCUAACAGUGAUAGUGUUUCAGCCCAGACUUGUCCCAGCCUACCAUCUGUUUUCAGCAAUUUGAUCCCCAGUUCACCACGUCCUUUCUUAGCACUGCAGCUAUGAAGACUGGGGGAGAUGCUGUGCCGUGAGUACAGUAAGGCCUACUUGAAAAAAGAAAGAAAGAAAGAGGAAAAGAAAGAAGCAGGAAGUUUAAGCAGUAGCUAUAUAUGUUAUAAAGCUAAUUUGCUAAGCUUUAAGAAGAUGAUUCCCCAAAUAAUGCAACAGAAAGAUUUAAAAAGAGUGCUGAUCUGCUGUCUAUGAAGGAAAUCCUGUCUAAUCUUUAGCUGGGGGGCCUGAGAGGUGGGAUGCAGGAAAGCUUUGGAAAAAGUAGGGCAAUUACUGGGGCUUUGCCUGCAACGUAGACAACUUCCCCUCUUUCCAGGCCUCCCUGUAGACAAUUUCCCUUAAAAAAAAAAAAACAAGACACCAUCACUUAUGGAAAGACAUAGCUGGGUAGGUUUGUGUUCUAUCUUUAUCUCACAAUUGGUAUCUCUAUUAGAGAUGUUUUGUGUCAACCUUGGUGCUUAACUGUCUGGCAAAAGGAGUGAGACCUCUCUUGUCCUUUCCAGGUGCACAUACCCACGUAUCUAAAGGUUGGGUUGCUGAAAGCCAGGAGUGUUGUUUCAGAGCUGGAGCUAUCAAGAAAAAGGCCAAGUGACUCUGCAGUUCCUUCUGUACGGUCAGCACAAGGAGAGACCACAUGCUUUGGUGGCACUGGAAGUGGAGCCGCUGCUGGUGGGUGAGGAGGACGCAUAGUGCUGUGCUCAGCCCUGCUCACACCUGGGGGCUUCGAUGGGUCACACUGCAGCAGCUUUGCAACCACAUUUAUUUGUUGGUAUUUAUUUGUCAUUAAGUUGUCGCUGCUUGUUUACUGUUUUCAUCUUCACAUCAUUUGCAAGUAUUUAUUCUGUUGCUUCAGGACUGUACCAAGUCUUUGUUUUCCUGAAUGUUUGCUUUGUCACUGUUUCUCCCUGUGAUGGGAAUCACAGCAGUGGGUGCUUUGGGAGUAUUUAUUUGACUUGAUGCAGUGCAUAUCACAAUGUGACUAUUAUCAGAUGAAAAUCUACAUCUCAGUCACAGUAAUACAGAUGUUUUUAAACAGUGGAUGAACUUAGCCCUGUGCCUUGAACUCAGCAUGGAGUUCUGUACUGCUCAGUCUGGUCACACUGUAUGGAAGAAAAUUGGCCUUUAAUUAAGAACCAUCAGUGCAGAGGAUCCAUUGCUGAUGUAAAAGCAGAAUUGUGGUGUGAGCUCUUAGGAUCAUAGAAUGGCCUGGGUUGAAAAGGACCACAGUGCUCAUGCAGUUCCAACCCCCUGCUAUGUGCAGGGUCGCCAACCAGCAGCCCAGGCUGCCCAGAGCCACAUCCAGCCUGGCCUUGAAUGCCUGCAGGGAUGGGGCACCCACAGCCUCCUUGGGCAACCUGUUCAGUGCGUCACCACCCUCUGGGGGAAAAGCUUUCUCCUAAUAUCUAAUCUUGGCUUGGGUAAGUACCACAGAGGGGAAUAACAGCACCACAACAUAAGGAGACUAUACCUUGCAAUUGCCUAUUGAGCACGAGGGAUUCUGUCAGUGCUAUGUUGUGUUUAAUGAAAGCUUUAAUAAGAUCCAAGAGAAUAAAUUCAAGUUAGUGUUUCAUUGAAUGUGUAUGUGAUGAUUCACACUUCAGAAAAUAAGUUUAUGACCAAAAAGGCUCUUUUCUAAAAGUCAAUAUGAGUUGGCACACUGUUAGGCUCAUUGUGAAACUCAUUCCCUUUGAAGAACGAGAUGGGGCCUGGCUGUGUUUGGAGGGGUGGGGGUAACAUCAGCCCUGCUGCUGGGUAUGGAAAUGCAAACUGAUCUGUAACUUCUGUUCCAGGAGUGAUCAUAGAAUCAUAGAACAGCCUGGGUUGAAAAGGACCACAGUGCUCAUCCAGUUCCAACCCCCUGCUAUGUGCGGGGUCGCCAACCAGCAGCCCAGGCUGCCCAGAGCCACAUCCAGCCUGGCCUUGAAUGCCUGCAGGGAUGGGGCAUCCACAGCCUCCUUGGGCAACCUGUUCAGUGCGUCACCACCCUCUGGGGGAAAAACUUCCUCCUCAUAUCCAACCUAAACCUCCCCUGUCUCAGCUUAAAACCAUUCCCCCUUGUCCUAUCGCUAUCCGUGAUGCACAUGAGUGGCUGCAUUCUGGGGCUUCAGAAGCACCGCUGUGAAUGCCAUGUACUGCUGCAAUGCUUUGCUGCUCUGCACAGCGUGGCCUCACUGAGGCUGUGUGAGAUGCAGCCCCGUGACAUUGCUUGCUUUAUUGCUGUGUGUGCUGUGAGGGGAUGUGUUUUUGCUGCUUUCUUAAGCGAGCAGAGGGUAUUUGAAGUUAACCUUUUCAGUACAUAAAUUAGAAUGCAAUUUGUCUCACUUGCAGAUUUAUAUGCUGUGUGCAUGAGAUUAUCAAACUCCUGCCUGGCUGCUGAUUGAAACCAUGACUUGUUACUUUCUAAUGCAGUUAGAAUUUGGUCUUAGAUUAUUUCUUCAAAGAUUAUUUCCCCUUCUGUUGCUCCAUGUAAUCCUAUUUUGGGUUGCCUUUUUAUCCCUAUUUCAUAGUGCUGUUUAUUAAAACAGCCAAAUACGGGAUAUAUGAAGUUAAUAAGAUUUAAGAAUUCCGAUGGAAAACAAUUUAACUUUCUAAAUGCACAGCAGUAGUUGUUUAUUUAUGAUGGUUCGUGUGUAUAAUAUUUCAUAUAUAGGUUAAGUGAGUAUUUGGGGGAAGAAUUAUUUCCCAUCAACAAAUCUGCUCUUGGGUGUUUUUGGAAGGGUGGGGGAUGGCACCAUCCCUUCUGCUGGAUAUGGGGAUGUGCACUACGUCCUGUGGAACAGUAAGUUAGACAUGUAAUAACCACUCAUGACAGCAGCCAGCAGGUACGUCUCGCUGUCACUGCUGCUCUCUGUUGCCUCUGAAGCUGUAAGGUUUCUUUGUCCUCACUUUGCUCAGCCCUUCUUUCCAGAUCCAGCCUCCCCACAGUCAGUGAGAGCUGUGCCAGCACAAAGCAGAGACCAAACGGCAGCUCCUCACCGCCUCCCUUAGGCAGGGAAGUACUGCACUUCCACCACAGCUAUUUGUUGAAAAGCAAAGUGUCUUAAUCUUCUUGCUUUAUACUACUAAUUCUUCCCCCCACGCUGCGUGUAAUCCAGGAUUAAUGGCAUUGUUGCCUAAUUUCAUUUUUGUAGCUAUCAUGGAAAUCUCAUUAACUAAAGGAAACAUCUAACGUGUCUUGAGGGCUUCCUUUUUAAACAGAGCCAUCCAAUAACUUACCUAAUAGAGUUCUGCAGUCCACAGGAGGUUCUUCAAGUGCAGAGUGGCCAUUACAGGUUGGGUUUCACUUGUUUCGGUAAAAAGAAUCAUCAUAGAAUCAUCACAGAAUGGCCUGGGUUGAAAAGGACCACAGUGAUCAUCUCAUUUCAACCCCCUGCCAUGUGCAGGGUCGCCAACCGCCAGACCAGGCUGCCCAGAGCCAUAAGAAAUGUACUUAAUUUGCCCCUCUGUCCUCUGAAGGGGUAAGUCUGCAUUUUUUCUAGAUUCACAUUUGUACUCUGGCUGCCAGAUAAAUGUAUUCUUAGUCUUAGGGAAACCAGUUUGGUUCACCCAAUGGAAAGCAUAUAGGCGCAGUUGGCUGCUCCGCGGUUGUGUUACCUCCCUACUAACGGGCCUUCAAGGUCUGCAGCACACCAAGGAAGCAACGAAAAAUGGUCCCUCGGGUUUCUAGUACAGUGCCUCAGCAGCAUCAAUGUUUUCUCUGGUUUCUGAAUGGCAGAAAGCUGGGAAAUUAAUGUUUUGCACAUGGAAGAACCCAGUUGUGUGGUGAAGGAGUUUGGGGCUUCUGGUUCUGGUUGCCCAUGGGCAGCACAGUGUAUCCAUCCUCUGCUUUUGUGCUUUUUAAAGAAACUUUAGUGGUGGUGAGGACAGCGUGUGAAUAUUAAUUGCUGCGGUACCUCAGCGUCCAUGUGUGCCAUUGCUUGCUAAAUGCAGCUGGAAAUACAUGGUGUGCAGGCAAGGCAUUGAUUCAUAUCGUGACGAGGGGGGCUGCCGUAACGUGCUCCGAACGGCUUUAAAUGAUAGCUGCAAAGGAAUUAAGACCAGUUUAAUCCCACUAAAUAAUGCUCCUAAUGAUGAACCAUUAAAAUCUAGUUGACUUUCAGAUUCUAGCAAUUGUAUCAGACAAGGUGAUUAUACUAAACAUCAGUAAUGAUAAUCGUUACAAUAGAUUAAAGUAUUGACUGAGCCAUAGGAAGCGCUGCCUGGCGCCAGCACAGGGGCUCUUCUGCCUUCACAGCAGCAUCCUCCCAUCCCAGCUGCAUUAUGCAGUUUUGUUGGGCUUGCUGAUGGGCCUCAGAUCUGCUGCUCCUGCCCGGAGCUCAAGCAGUGGUUUGCCCAGAGCACGUCUUCCAGGUCCCAAACACAUCCAGAUGCAUCCACGGCGGAUGCCCGAUGGAUCGGCUGUAACGCCGGAGCCUGAAGUCAAAGCAUUCCCCUUUUUGCAGGGGAGAUAAACAGGCAAAAAGGGAUAAUGCAGGCUUGCUCGAGGAGAAAUUGCUCUGCCUUCCAACUGGUUUCUUUGGGGCAAAUGGCCACAGCCACGCUGCACUGCUGCUGGGACCGGGCCGCCCUGCCCUGCCGUGCCGCUGCGCUCUGAGCUCUGCUCCACAUUGAUUCCUGCCCUGGCUCAAGCUAUUGCACAAGCCUGUAAAUAUAGGGAGAAGAUGGGCAUUUUAUGAUGUCUGACUUUCCUACCAUAUUUUUUCGUUAAGUAAGCUGUAAUGGAAAUAUUGGGCUUUCAUUUCUUGCUUGCUUCUUUUCCAACAAUUGUCAGUAAAUCAAAGUUGCAAAAAGCCAUCUCCUCCUCUGCAGUGUCAGGCUAACAGCAGCCUGGUGGUCACUUACUUUUGGAAAUGAUAUCUCCCUAUUUCGAGGCACUCAGCAGACUUUAGUGCUGAUGUAUUGACCCUCGCAGCUUUCAGACGAAGGAAAUAUUCGAGGACAGCAUUUCCAGCAGAGAAAUGCCCAUAUUUCAAAAUGAGGACUGCGAGCUGUAGUGAAGCCAAUUGGCUGAGAUACAAAUGUGCCAAGCUUAGUAAUAAAGAGAGUAUUUCUUCCUCUGUUUUUUUUUCCCAGCGUCUCUGUUUGCCUCUUCCCAUGGCUUCCUGGAGCACCAAACCCACAGCUUCUCACCUCCUGACCCUUUUGCUGCCCACUCUGGGCAGUGGGGCCGGGUGUGCUUUACAUCCCAGGGCUGUGCAUGGAAGUUGUCACAGGUGAUACGGAGUCACAAAGGCUGGGAAAGACCUCUCAGAUCCCCAAGUUCCCCCCCUAACGCAUCCCACAGUGCCCACUGAUCCGUGCUGCUCACUGAUUUAAUUCAGUUCUUUUUUCUUCUACCGUUCCUGCCGGCCCCGGGCGAACGUAUUGAGCCUGUGGUGCGUGAGCACAUCUGCGAGCAUCCAUGUGGAGAGCGGUGCUGAGCUGCAGCGUCCCCCCCCUCAGCACACUGCUUGGGCCGUGGGCACGCAAACACUCAAGGAAGGAACAUUUCAGAAGUUUCCCUGCAGUUCCGUGCCCGCUUUUUGCGGCAGGGCGGCUCCGGGCUGCUGCAGCCCCGCGGCCGGGAGGCGCCGUGCCCGCAUCCAGCUCGGCGUCACGCAGCACCGCGGGGCCGGAGGGGGCCGGGAUGCUCCUGGUCGCUGCGGGCUGUCCGGGGAUGCCGCCGAGCCCCGCUCCCAGCCCUCGGACCCGCCCGCCAGGUGGGGCCGUUGCCGUUCCGGCGAUGCUCGGGGAGGGACGCGGUGUGCGCGGCCCGGAGGUGCGGAUCGGACGCGUGGGGAUGUCGGGUUGGAGCCGGGCCCGGGGCGACGGCGUGCUGCGGUGCGCUGAGCGGAAAACUGUCCCAUCGCCGGCCUCAGGGCUCCUUCAGUCUGUGCUGCAGCUGAGACAAACAGCAGUUCCUCACCCACCCCGCUUCCUUACUUGGCCGCGGCCGGAUGCCCCCUUCCCCACGAGGGUCCUUCGGUGGCUGUGCUCGGGUUCUUCGUCCGCUGGGGACGGAGCUCGGGGCUUCAGGACCGCCUCUGCGCCGGCGAAUGGUGUGGAUGCUUUGCGUGCCCUCCUGGUGGAUCAUUUCCCUCGUGCUUCUCCUGCUGGGGCUGCAGGAGCUGGCAGGAUGGCAGUGUGCAAGGCAAGGCAGUGUGCAAAGGGAUGGCAGUGUGCAAGGCACCUUCUUUGGCCCAUUUGUGCCUCUGAAAUUGCAGGAGUUUGUGCAAAGCACAGCCUGGGAGCAGCACUGCUGGCUGGCGCAAGGCAGGAGCCACGAUGUGUCCUGGCAGCACUGUGUCUUCAAGAUGUAAGGUGCUUGGAUGCUGUGCUACAAAACACCCCCGGAAGGGCUGCUGGUGGCCUUAACCCUGCCUGUUUCUGUGUGUGUAACACUCCCAUACUGGUUUCCUAGUGCUGCUGUGGGAGCAUUGCAGCAGGCAGAGCAUGGACUGUUGGCCACUCCGGUUCCUGCUGUGCUGCAAAGGAUCAGUGCAGCACCAACCUCCAAUGACACCAUUUUCAUCUGCCUGCAUCCUUGCCCAGAAGCUCCAAAGCUGUUUCCGUGCAGCAGGGCUGCUUGCAGUGAGCUGGCAUUGUGUUCUGACAGUGCCCACUGCCCAAACUGCAGCUUAAAACCUUUGCAAAAGGGUUUGUGGUGCUGGUGGUGCUGCAUUCAGCAUUUAUCACUGGUGUACAUCUGCUACAUAUUGCACACCGUGUCAGGGUCAGCUGAGAGCUGGGAUGAGUUAGAGGGGCUUGGGAGGGGGUCUGCAUUGCGCCAGGGCCAUUGGUGCCAGCUCCAAUUGCUGCACACACGCAGCAUUUAGCUUACAACAGAUUAGAAUAUGCAUUCCAGAUGUACGAUGCAAAGCUUUACAGCAUAUCUUUGCUCCUAAUCUUCCCCAUGCCAACGUGUAUCAUUGCAAUCUUCCUACCUACAUCAGUCAAAUUACUUCAGUCGUUGCUUCAGAGCCCAAUGCAGCCAACAGACACAGCGCAAUCCUCGCAGCCACCGCCACGGCGUGGAGAUGCCCCCAGCACACACAGCUCGGAGGAUGGGUUUGAUUUAAGACCCUUUUUAUUCCAUAUUUCAUUUUUAUAGUUAAAAAUGAGCAUAUGAGGAGGGCAUAUUAAGUGCUGAUCUUCUUGCUCAACUAUUUGCUAAUGUAAUUUUUUGGUACCGCAUCACGGGGAAGCUCUGAAUUCUUUUAUUUUCAUGUAAAGGUGCUGUCACAAAUCCAAGCAAGUUUUCAGCGUGAUGACACUUAAAGAAGAGUUUUUCUUUUUCUUGUUGUUGUUAUUGAUGUCUCCUGAAAAGGAUAUCCUUAAGAUAUAGGGACAGCUAUAGCUGCUGGUACUCUGAAUUGCUAUGAAGGCUCACACUGCAAAGAGAGCCUUGACAAUGAUGGAUAACAUCCACAACUUCUCAGUAGCGGAUUUUGUUUAUCCUGCCUCUUCUUUGUGUUUGUGCCUGGAUUUUCACUUGGGGCUACGCUCAGCCUUUAAACACCAGCUCUGCAGCUCCCACAUCGCCUCCCUCCCUAAGACGGGGGAGGUUUGGGUUAGAUAUUAGGAGGAAGUUUUUCACCCAGGGGGUGGUGACGCGCUGAAGAGGUUGCCCAAGGAGGCUGUGGAUGCCCCAUCCCUGCAGGCAUUCAAGGCCAGGCUGGAUGUGGCUCUGGGCAGCCUGGGCUGCUGGUUGGCGACCCUGCACAUAGCAGGGGGUUGGAACUGGAUGAGCACUGUGGUCCUUUGUAACCCAGACCAUUCUACAACUCUAAUUCUAUGAUUCUAUGAUUCCCUUCUCCCACUGCUGUAAACAGGCAGUGGGCACAGCCCCGCACCCCGCAGGAAGCCCCCAUGCCCCACAUUGACAGUGGGUUUGGGUGAAAGUGGUGAUUCUUGAGUGACUCUGUGUGUGUCACAGAGCAAGGGAUGCUGCGAGCAGCCAAACCUUCAGAGCCUUUGCUCUUGCCCAUGCACAGAUCAGGAGCAGAGCUGGGAUGCUGCAGGGCUUCCCACCAUCUCCUUGACUUUUUCCCCUCCUUCUCUUGGAGUUCUUUGGUUUCGGUUGAAAGGUUUUAAUAAAAUCACUGCUCUAAUAUA